UAAAAUGGAGAAUAAACUACUCAACUAUCAUUAUACAACUAUAAAAGAUUGCCUUGAGAAUGUUAGUUUGUUUGAAACACAUUUAAAAUCCAAGAGAAUUGUAACAACAGAUUCAUUAGAGGAGUGUGGGAAUUUUGAAUCAAUUUUUAAAAAGCAUAUUUGUCAUAUGAAAACAGGAGAUUUAAUUGAAAUAUUACUUAAUAUGGACUUGGAAAAAUGUUAUAAAUUAGUUAAUUUAAUAAAAAAUACAUGGAAUAAUUUAUUAGAAAAGAGAAAGGAAUGUAUAAUGGAAGAAUUUGGAACAAUUAAAAAAUUUCCAUUCCAAAAGUACAAUGAUACAAGUAUUAAUUUUAAAAACAUUUUAACACCAGUUCAAAUUGUUCCAUCAUCAAAAAAUUCACAAAAUAAUUGUACUAAUUAUAAUAGUGAUAUUGAUGAUGAUAUUUAUCAAUGUGUCAUUGAAGAGGGUUGUCAGAGAAUACUAGUAAGAGGAGAUGCUGGUAUGGGCAAAACUUUCCAUUCGAUGAAAUUAUUAUAUAACUGGGCAACUAGUGAUAAUUCGUUGAGAGACUACUUACUUUUAAAAGUCAAUCUUGCUGAUAUAGAAGAUGAUGACGAUUUAGAAAAAACACUAUUUCUAAACAAUUUUACAGAAAACACUGGAGUAAAUUUACAACUUUUUCAAUAUUUCUUUACUGAUUAUGAAAAGGAUUGCAAAGAGAGAAAAAAGAUACUUCUUCUUUUAGAUGGAGCCGAUGAGCUGAAAUAUGAAAAUUCAAAAUUUUAUUCCAUAAUAACAAAGAUAAAUCAAAUAAAGUAUCCAGUCAUUGUUUGGUCAAGACACUGGAAAAUGAGAUAUGUUAUAGAAACGUAUGAUCGGAUUUUUGAAAUAAUUGGCUUUAGUCCAUAUAAUGUCAAAUUAUAUUUUCGAAAAUUUUUCAAUGAAGAAAAUACGCCAUCAUUAACAUAUGAAAAUAUGUCAAAUCAACUAUUUAAAUAUUUAAAUGAAGAGAAAAAAGAUAUUCUAGAAAUAUGUCGUUAUCCACUUGUUGCAAAUUUAAUUGCAGGUUUAUGGGAGGAAACAAAACACGAAAAGUUGUCUGAUGAAUAUUCAAUUUUUAAGGAAGUUAUUAAGAUUACUCUCUCAAAUAGAGGUAUUGAAAAAGGUAGUAACAAUUAUAUUGAAGCCAUGAAAUAUUGUUCAAAAGUAGCAUUUGAAAAUUUAGUUUAUGAUAAAAAAAUCAAUUCAAAUGAAAUUUUUGAAAAAACAAAUUAUUUUGGUGGAAUAUUAACUCCAGUAAAAGUAAGAGCUACACUGAAUUCUUCUACAAACAAAAAUGAAUAUAAAUUCAUUCAUUUCUCAUUUCAAGAAUAUCUAACAGCAAAUUAUAUCAUCAAAGAAUUCCCAAAUGAAGUUUUAAAUACAGAAACAUUAAAAUUAAUUUUGGAUAAAAGUAAAAAUUUAUAUCUUUUAACGAAAGUUUUCUUGUUUAUUCAGCAAAGGAACAGAGAAGUUUUCAUUAUUCUGGUGAAAAUUAAUAUUAAAAUUCUUUCAAUUGUUUCUGACACAAAUGAACAAAUUAUUCAACUUUUAAAAGACAGGAAACAAUCAAGUGAAUUAUCAGAAAUUAAACUGUAUUCAUUAAAUAUGGAGAUUUCAAUGUGGAAACUAAUUACUUCAUUUUUUAAUAAUUCAAUUACAGAAAUUGAUUUUUUUCAUGUUCAAAUUGAUUUUCUUAAGUUUAUUGCCAUUUCCAAAUCGACUUUAAAAGGAACACUUAAAACGUUAAAAGUUUGUGGAGGUGUCAAAAAUUCCAUUUCAGUAGAAAUUCUUGAAAAAUUAUUAUAUGAAAUGGUAAAUUUGGUUGAAUUAAAUAUUUCAAAUAUUCAAUUUGAGUACAAUGAAAAAAUGGGAAGUGUUACACUAUCAUCAGAAAAUUUAAAGAAAUUAACAUUGAAAAAUUGUAAUAUUGAAGUUUUGGGAGAAAAUUCAAUUGAUUUGCAUUGUUCUAAUCUUUGUUUUCUUAAUUUAUCUGGAAAUAAUUUACAAGAAUCCAGUUUAAAAAGUUUAUUUGAAAACAUUGAAAAUAUAAUGGAAGAUAUUCAAUAUUUAAAUCUGUCUAGAAUGGAGGAUAAUUCAAUUGCUUUUGAAUAUAUCUACAAUCAAUUUAAAUUCACUAAUUCAAUUCUUGAAUAAUCAUAGACAAAUUGAAAAUCUUGAACUGAAAGGUAAUAACAUUGAAGAGAAUUUGGAAAAUUCCUUUUUCAAUUGUCUGCUAUCAAUGAAAAAUUUGGAAAUUUUAAAACUUCCACAAAUACAUUUUCUACAAGAUAAAAAUAUGGAAAUUGAUGAUGGCUACACUGGAGAAACUUUUCUAAAUUUAAAGUCAUUAGAUACUGGUGAAAAUUCAUUAGAGAAUCCAAAAAUGUGGAAAUAUUUUAAAAGAAUGUUAAGUAAUUCAAGAAAGCUAGUUGAAGUAAACUUAAAUAAUUCAAAAUUUAUUUCAAAGCAAUUUCAUAUAAUUUUGGAUUUAAUAAAUUCAAUUCCUUCAUUAAAUUAUAGAGAAU